AUGACAACUCAGAAAUCCCCAACCCCUCACGAAGAACAGGAGGGGGAACACAACAUUGUUCCCGAUCUCCCUGAAUCCGUCAGUCAAGGCAAAAGAAGAGAACGCAGACUCCUGAGUGCACUUGAUGCAGUCGAUCAGGGCCUCUUGCCAGAUAUGGCUGCAGAAGCCUAUAAUUUCUUGUUUGGAAGCGUUGCUGAAAACUUUGAACGAUAUCUCCCGGCGGACUUGCUAUCCAUUAGCAACGAGAUAGCAAGGUGGUCCGACGAGGUAUACAUAGACCAACAACGUUAUCAAAAGGAGAUAGCCUCGAUCAAAAGACAACGCGAUCGUUUAGCUGCUCAGAACAUAGAGAUAUCGCAGAGCCUUCUAGGAGCAGAACAGAACGAGGCUGAGUACGAAAAUCGGAUCACCAGCCUCGAGGCAGAGAUCGUUGACCUUCGUAAAGCCCAGUCAACGGUGUCGCCCCAACCCGCCUUCAAGAUCCCAGACCCUGAGUUCUUUGAGAGCUCCUCCACCGGCAUUUCUUGGGAACAAUGGAAAGAUAAAAUGAUGAACAAGAUUCGCGCUUCUGGAAACUCCGACCCCGUCGCACAAUUGGCGACCAAUUACUGGAAGAUCUGA